AUGGAGCAGAUAUCCUCUGCAACCGCACCGCCCAAGCUCCUCCUCCUCCUCUUCCUCCUCGUCUCCGCCUGCCACGUCAUGGGAGCUGCCGCUUACUCCAUCGGCGUCAACUACGGCACCAUAGCUGAUAACCUCCCGCCGCCUUCCCAGGUCGCGACCUUCCUCAAGACCAAAACCACCAUCGACCGCGUCAAAAUCUUCGACGCCAACCCCGACAUGCUCCGCGCCUUCGCCGACACCAAGAUCGCCGUCACCGUCACAGUCGGAAACGGAGACGUUCCAGCCCUCGCCAAGCUCUCCGCGGCUCAGGCUUGGGUGUCCGCUAACAUUCUGCCGUUCCACUCCCGCACGAUCAUCAACCGGAUCGUCGUCGGCAACGAAAUCCUUGCCACGUCGGACAAGGACCUCAUCGCGCAUCUGCUUCCCGCCAUGAAGUCUCUCCACGAGGCUCUACAGCUGGCUAAUAUCUCCACUGUCCAGGUCGGGACACCUCACUCUCUGGGCAUACUAGCACCCAACACGGGCCCACCGAGUGAAGGCCGAUUCCGAACCGGCUACGACCGAGUCGUUUUCACUCCGAUGCUCGAGUUUCACCGCCAGACCAAAUCCCCGUUUUUGAUCAACCCGUACCCGUUUUUCGGAUUCGUACCCGAGACUUUAAACUACGCGCUCUUCAAGCCAAACGCAGGCGUUUUCGACAACGCCACGGGGAUGAACUACACCAACAUGUUCGACGCGCAGAUGGACGCGGUUUUCUCGGCGAUGAAGAAGGUCGGGUACGAGGACGUGGACAUCGUGGUGGCGGAAACCGGGUGGCCCUCCGCGGGCGACCCGACCCAGCCCGAUGUCAAUGUGGACAAUGCGGCGUCGUAUAACGGGAACCUCGUGCGGCACGUGAGCUCGGGAAAAGGCACGCCGUUGAUGCCGAACCGGACGUUCGAUACUUACAUCUUCUCGCUGUUCAAUGAGAAUCUGAAACCCACGACUUCGGAGCGGAAUUACGGGUUGUUCAAGCCCGACUUGAACCCGGUUUACGACGUGGGCAUUUUGCGAAACCAACAGGCAGCGGGUCCUACAUCUGGCGUGGCAUCCGGACCAAGCUCUGGCGGGGCGCCCGGACCCACAUCUGGCGGUGCGUCGGGUCCCGCGUCCGAUGGAGCAAGAGCACCGUCAUCGUCGGAGAAGAGGUGGUGCGUGCCCAGAUCGAACGCUUCUGAUGCGGCGUUGCAGGCGAACAUAGAUUACGUGUGCAGCAGCGGAGUGGACUGCAAGGCGAUACAAAAAGGUGGGCCCUGCUUUCAGCCCAAUACCGUGAGGUCGCACGCAGCUUACGUCAUGAACGCUUAUUACCAGUCGGUGGGGCCGCAGGAUUACAAUUGUGACUUCAAGCACACUGGAUUCAUCACCACCACUGAUCCAAGUUACGAUGCGUGCACGUAUCCAUACAAGUCGGAGAAAUUGGAAAAGUCGGUGGAGGGAGGCUCGAUGAAAAUGAAAAGUAGCAGAGUGGCAGAGAUAUUUAUGAUGGUGGUAGCGUCUUGUAUGAUUUUCUUUUAG